UCUAUUGCUACUCCUGCUGCCGGCACGGCGUUUCACAUCAGUGUCUUGUUUAUGGAGAUUUCAGCACGGACGAUCGCGCGUCUUCGUUUUUUUGCAAUUUUUUACCACCCAGCCAAUACUGCUAUCGCGACGUUUUCAAAUUAUUGCCGCCUCUCAACGUCCCUAAUUUUUCGUUACGUUUCUUUCGUAUUUAGUUAAUUUGCAUUCUAGUCCUUUCCGAUAAUGUUCCGACGAAUAGCGGACAGAGUCACCCUUUGAUUCGGGUUAGCAUCUUUCCAUGCAUUCUGCCUCUUUCCGUUUUUCCGUCCAGAUUUCUAUAGCUAUGAGAUGAUACACCGUCGACAAAUUAUCACUACGUAAGGCCAAAGGCCCACACUGACACACAUAGCCAAUCAGGAGUGUAUUUUCUGUACAUAAGAAUUCAGAAGACGUGUACUGUGUUGCCGUGAACUAAGAUACUGUAGUUACUGUGCCUCGUCUAACUUUGGAAUAAAUUGUAAAAUGCAAACAUGGCGGUCCACCAGCGACCCAAUGGUUACGACCUGCCUAAAUGUCUGAGCAGAUAUGCCACUGCCGGCGGUGCUGGUCAAAUUCAAUGUAAUAGGAGAGGAACUGUUUUACCAAUUAAAGGGAGACAUGAUACUCAAGGUUCGCGAACAAAACCGUUUUAAGGACAUACACAUUCGCGAGGGUGAGAUAUUUCUUUUGCCAGGAAAGAUACCCCACUCUCCGCAAAGGUUUAGCGACACAAUUGGGCUGGUUAUUGAGAGAAGAAGACUCAAGGACGUCGAAUAUGACUGCCUAAGGUACUACGUAAAACCAGGUGAAGACCCAGAGGUCCUUUUUGAGAGGUGGUUCCACGUAACGGCUCUGGGCACCCAGCUCGUUUCUGUCAUCAAUGAGUUCAUGGAAUCGGAGGAACGAAAAACCGGAAUACCCGGUCGGAAGUCUCGUCUUUGUGAACCCUACUUUGAGGACGACACCUCAUUUCAGCUCGAUACGCCAAAAAGCAUCGCGAAGUUCAUUUCGGAUAAUGCACGUAUAUUGGGGGCACCUGGAGGCAACGUACUGGUCUAUCCAACGUCGAAAUAUAAAUUCCAUGUCGAAGUUCUCGGCGACGGCAGCCAUUGCAGAGAAGCGCCCAAAAACGGGGAAGCGUUCCUCUACCAACUGUCAGGGAAUGGAUUAUGCGAACACUCCAUAGGCGAGAACAUGAUGUCCCAACAAAGCACUCUGCUCUUACAAGCGGCAUCGUUCUGCAAAAUCACUAAUGAACCUUGUGCCAGAACCCUGUUUGUCCUUGUUAAUAUGCCUGAAACUGUGUUAUUUCCGGCUUAAUACGAGAUCUUCGCAUGAGAUAACAUGUAAGGUAUAUUCUUCGACAGCAAGAUAAUGGCAGCAAGAUAGAAUUCUAGUUUACCGUCUGAUUCUAACAGAUGAAUGUGCCCAAAUAGCAAGAGAAAAUUCUGCGAAGGGAACAUUGUCUUAUUUACGCUUGAGCAAGUGAAAUAAAAUUGAAAAAAAUUGUGCCAUGAUCUUAAUGCACCGA